AUGAGUUUUGAAACAAGUACCGGUGCAGCGGAUGUCACGUCGCUUGACCAAGACCUGCAAGAGCUUAGGCGUAACAAAUUUUCUCAGAAUUCAAUUCAAGAAAUCAGUGAUUGGAUAUUCAAAGUCAUUCUAAGGGACAACUCCGAAAACCCCAAUGCAUCGGAGCUGCUGAAUGCCCUCAAGAGUGGGACUGUCCUAUGCCGCUUGGCAAACAGACUUCACUCCGCAGAUAACCCCGAUAUUACUCAACUGAUUAAGUUCAAAGAGUCUAAAAUGCCUUUUGUGCAAAUGGAACAAAUAUCACAGUUCUUAGCAUUUGCCAGAAAUUAUGGGGUCCCCGAGGAUGAACUGUUCCAAACGGUGGAUCUGUACGAAGAGAAGGAUUGCGCAUCUGUUUUUCAAACUCUCAAGUCUAUAUCUCGCUAUGCCAAUAAAAAACAUCCAACGGAGUUUCCAGUUUUGGGCCCUCAGCUAGCAACCAAAAAGCCGCGCCCGCCCAAAGGCUCAAAGCCUAAACACUUACAGGGCAUGGGCUGGAGUGCUAUGGAGUACGGAUCUAUGAAAGGCGCGUCUCAAACAAGCGAAGGUGUAGUUUUCGGCCAGAGACGAGACAUUACGCGCUAG